UUUGAAGUUGAUAAUUUUGUAAUGGCCCGCGAAUGAUGUUAUAUAAAUGUCGAAAUGGCCCUUGGCAGAAAAACAGGUUCCCCAUCCCUCUUAACUACAUUAGAAAUAGUGAUUAUUAACUACGUUAUACUAGCGGCUGUUCUGCAUUGUAAGAGGUGGGGAUGCGAUAGAACCUGCAAUAGCCCAGCUCGACUGCAAUACUGUAGAAGAAUCGAAACGGCCGUCGCUCAACGUUAUCGGACGUCCGUCGCAGGCCCAAGGCGGCCAAGAGCUGUGGAAAGUAUGCCCCAUUGCGUGGCGUUGGGCUGUAGCAACAGCUCCAGGAAGGUCUUUGAGGACAAGGUCUCCUUCUUCAGGUUCCCGUACACGGACCCAGGCCUCUUGAGGCGCUGGUGCCUCAACAUCGGCCGAAAGAACUGGUGGCCGAGCCGCUUCUCCCGCCUGUGCUCCGACCACUUCACGCCGGACUGCUUUGAGGCCAAGUUCUACGACGACAGGAUCCGAGCCAUCGACGAGAAGGACCCCGUCAAGCAUCUGAGCUCCAAGACGCUCAAGAGGGGCUCCGUGCCCACGCUCUUCCUGAAAGCCCAUGCCCGAGCUAUGGACCGCAGACACCAAGGGAGACCCUUGCGCGAGUGUGAGCCCUCAAAGCCCAUGAAAAUGGCGUGCGCGGUCGCUGUACCAUUGUUGGACACGACCGGAGAUUUUGCGGCGUGGCUGGAGGCGCAGGGCGUGAACGCGGAGGUGGCCCGGGCCAUGGACUCGGAGCUGGGCAUCCGGGACUAUGGGGUCCUGCGCGCCUGCGUCAGGGACGGCCUCGUGCGGGCCGAGCUGCUGUCCACGGCGCGCGACCGCCUGCCCUUCGGCUUCUACGCCGUGCUGCGGCAGGUGGUGAAGGCCCUGCAGGGCGCUGAGCACCACGAUGCUGGGACGCCGCGCUGGGGCGACGACGCCACUGCUGUCUCCUCUGGCGACGUGACGCUGGGAGGACUGGUGGACGUGCUGCUUGCGCUGUUCAGCAGCUUGAGCCGAGAUCUGCUGUUGUGUGCACAGAAGCUAAGAGCCAUGGAUGAUCAACAAGAUCCAGCAGAUUCUCCUUCAUCUGUAGGAGCUACAAGCCCCGAAGACAUACCAGAAAUGGAUCAAUGCAACGAAAAUGAUGGGCCUGAAGUGAGCUCGGCACCAUCCAUGGAAGACAGCAAAAUCAAUUUCACAUCGGACCAGAUUAAAAUGGAACCCUUUGAAGAGUCCGUCGCCGAGUUUUCCAAUGCUGUUCUACUUCCUCAACCAUCAGAACGUGAGCCGGCAGAGCACACUUCAAGCGAGCCUCUCGGUGAAUGUCUUUUGGACGAAUCGCCUGAGCUCAUAAUCUCCAACUUGACCACAAUGCCAGAUGCAAGAACAAAUCUUACUUGUAUAGCCGACACCCGCCCUUAUCCAUGGCCGUACCCAUCUUUAGGUGAAACUAACAGUGAAAAAGACUCAGCUGCCACCAUCUCUAUCACCAUUAACACUUCUCAGCCAUUGACGCAGCAGCAACGCUUGUUUGCGUUGAGUGACCCAAUCAGGAGAUCGGUCUCGGCAAACCACAGCCAGAAGCCUUUUGCCGAUGAGAGCGAGACGUACGGGUUUCAACUUGAGAAAUCUGAUCUAGAGAGGCCCCGGCUAGAGAGCACUGGAGAAAAGCCGUACCGCUGUGAGGUGUGCGGGCAGACUUACUCGCAGAUUUGUGGCCUGAAGCGCCAUCUGCGCAUGCACACGGGCGAGAAACUCCACCGCUGCGAGGUGUGCGGGCGCGGAUUCCCGCAGUCAAGCAGCCUGAAGGUCCACCUGCGCACGCACACGGGCGAGAAGCCGUUCCACUGCGACGUGUGCGGAAUGCGCUUCUCACAGAAAAGUCACGUGAAGACCCACCAGCGCAAGCACAUGGGGGACACGGUCUAACAGCGGUGUAACAGCGGCGCAAUGCGUUCAACGGAAUCUUUUGAGUGUCUUGCCUGGUCGAUGAAUUGCCUGGUACUUUUUCCAUCCCGUGUCACCGAUUCAUUGUGCAGACUUAUCAUGCCCGUUCACCCGGGAAUGGCUCACUGAGUCUCGAUACUUUUUAAGGAGGGUCCUGCCAAGUUUUGACAGCAGCGGGUGGUGAUGCUAUGUGUAAACCCAAUUGAGUAUUUUGGAGAGAAUUUGUAAGCAUUGACAUGUAUUUUGGCUAUUAAUACCAGUUAGAUUGUAUGGUUUUUUUAAGCUAUGGGAGGAAACUGGUUAACCCAGAGGAAACCUAUGCAGAACAGGGAGAGAACAAGCAAACCCCACACAGAAAAGCGCAUGCGUUGGCACUCAAACCCAGUCGCUUCUUGUGAGGCACGACUCUCACCAGUACACCGUCCUGCUGCCAAUUGUCUCCAAUGUCACUUGGAGCUCUUGCCACGUAAAAUCUGUAAAUGUCAUCCCUCUGCGCUCUUUGGUUCCAUCACAUCAGCGGUAUUAUUUUGUAUUUGCAAUGUUUCCAGGUCCCUCAAAAAAGGCCGUUCAGCCUUUCUCUCCAAUGCCGUGCGGAAUUCAAGGCCCAGCCAGUGCAGGCAGCAAUCCUUGAUGAUGAAUGCGAUGAUUGGUCUGUAGACAGACCUUGUUGGCAUGUCUUGGCAUCUGUGACACACUAUCGCUUGAAGAGAAGUUGCACGGUCACAAUUCAUGUUCAAUUGACGUUUCUCUGAGGUCUGCUCACCAGAAUGUUUACAACAAUUAGGAGCACGAUAUGGAGUCCUAAGUGUUCAGUCAUCUUGGAGCUGCUUGUUUGGGCCAUUACAUCUAGAUGUUUAUUGCGACGAAAAUACGCAACAGGAGCAUUUUUCUACGUUUCUUUUUUAACCUGCGGGUGACUUGUUCAAUGCAUUACGUCUCACCUUAUGCCGUAGCUAUCCAUUUUGUAGGCGGUGCGACUGUACGGGGGCUUAGAGGCCGCCGGUGCCUCGGUGAAAUUGGGCAAAGGGGAUAAAUUGGACAGGGGCCAUAAUUACGUUCCUUGCACACCAGGGCCAAUGCCAAUCCGGCUUACACUACUGCUCCCACCUUAAUCACUCUUCUUUGCGUUUGCCGUUUAAGUGUGAUUGUGAAUAAACUUUUCAGUGGUGCUUCCCUUCAA